GUUUCGCGGGACUUCUUCCAUGCGCAUGCGUAUCCAUGACAUUGAGUUUGGCGCGCGGGAGUCAGGCCGUUGAACAGAGUUGGUAGCUCGAUUUUACUCCGUCAUUCUAUUCUACUUGCUGUUUAAGAAUAACUCACGAAGUGUCAACAUGUGGAAUUCAGAUUUAGGAGUCUUCACUGAGACGGAUACAGCUGGGGGUUACACGCAGUCCCCUGGAGGCUUUGCAUCACCUACCUUAUUGCAAGACAAAAGAGGGAAAGUCCGUUCCGCACAAAUUAUUCCCUGCACAGUGUCCCAGUUGAUGUCUGCAACACCGACUGAUGAAGCAUAUAAAGUGGGAGAAGUGAAUAUCAACCAGGUCACCAUUGUUGGCAUCAUCAGAAGCACUGACAAAUCCACGACAUUCAUCCAGUACAUGGUUGACGAUAUGACAUGUGCCCCUAUGGAUGUGAAGCACUGGUUAGACACAGAGGAUCCAAGUGUGAACAGCAAUGCGUUACCUCCAGGAACAUAUGUUAAAGUCUCUGGAAACCUUCGCAUUUUUCAGAACCGCAAGUCCAUGGUGGCGUUCAGGAUCAGAGCCCUGGAGGACAUGAAUGAAAUCACCUCGCACAUGCUGGAGGUUGUCCAUGCACACAUGGCGCUCAGCAAACCUCAGAACACUAGUGUUGGAGGAAUGAUGGCUGGGAGCGCAUCCAAGGCAAUGAUUGGAGGGAUGGGAGGCAGCUACCCGGGUGCUAACGACAUGGUCAAUAAUGGAUUGAGUGCAAAUCAAAAUCAGGUGCUGAGUCUAAUAAGAGGCUGUCCAGACCAACAAGGCAUCAGCAUUCAUGAUCUGAAGCAGCGACUUGGUGGCAUGAGUGUCGCAGUGAUUAAACAAGCCGUGGAAUUUCUUAGCAACGAGGGUCACAUUUUUUCCACCAUCGACGAAGACCACUUUAAGUCAACCGACAAUGACUAGUUCACUUCUUUUUAAGUUUUUGGGGUAGCACGCUGGAACUGAACUUACCACACCUUAUAAAGCGCAUCAACACUUGGUUUGUUACUCAAGCUUAUAGAAUUUGUUAAAACCUAAGUUCAAAGUACAAACAAGUUUGUGGAAGGAUACAGUUUCAAGCAUGUUUCCUCAUUCUACAUUCAUGCCGCAGCUUCUGCUUUUCAUGUCUUUGAAGAAAAGUGGUUGUUGUACACUUCAUUUUGUGUUUCUGUGUACCCUUUCCACUCUUGAUUUUUAGAGUCUUGCACAAGUACUGGGUUAUGCUACUUACAGUUCUUUCUGUGCAGGUUUUUUUUUCUUUUUUCGCAAGGAUAAAAAGGAUUUUGCAAAAAGUGCUCAAGAUCUACUUGUAUUUGUCUUCUGUACUCGUGUGUAAACCAAGAUAUUUUUUUUCUUAAUAAAAUAAAACAGUUAAAUCUGA